AUGGCGUCGAAACAAGACGAUUCUCUCAAACACCUGCAAGAUUUAAAUAUUAUUCAGCACUACGCCAAAGAUGUGGUUGAUUUCAGUUCACAGUACGGAAGUGAAACAAGCAUCUCUUACACUGCUUGUAACUUGGCCGGAAAAUCAAAUAUUUAUCCAGGCUAUGGAGAUUUUACUCAAGCGUGCGUGUUUAGGACAUACGGCCCCUGGUGGCGUCAAGCUCCAGCAUCAUGUAGAGUCUACAAGAAGACACCUAGAGCAUACUGCAGUAUGGAUUUCAUAGAAUUAUCAUUUGAGCAGAAAGUGUAUCCAAUCCGACUGGAUGUGUAUGAGACCUACCACCCUGGAGCAGUUGUCAAGAUAAUGGCAUGUGAUACUACAGCUGGUACUGAUGUAGACACAGGAAAAGUAACAUGGGUGACCCUGUGGUCCGACACUCCCACACAGAUAGAGAUGAGGCCGCGAGUCUUCUCCCCACCCCUCAACACUGUCAACUUUGCUACCGACCUGGUCCGCCUGGAGCUGUGUCAUGAGAAGCUGCAGUACUACACCGAGCUGGAUGCCGUGAUUCUGCAGGGGCUGACCGACAAGGACCAGUACCAGGCCUGGGCAGUUACCAACAAGACUCUCACACAGUCCCUGGAGAGGCUGGAACUGAGAGACACCCAUCCCCCAGAGACAACCAACAAGGACUGGAAGCCUGUUGUGAAUGGAUACUUUGGCUGUUUACCUGAGGAGGUCAUUCAACUCAUCCUCAGCUAUCUGGAUACACCCUCUAUAUGUUGUGCCUCCCAGACAUGCAAGUUGCUGCGCCAGCACUGUUACGACCCCCUGCUGUACACCCAGGUCAACCUGCAGCCACACUGGCCUCAGAUAUCAGACGAGGUGUUGGACAGCCUACAGUGUCGGUGUUACAUGAUACAGAGGCUAAAUCUAUCCUGGUGUGGCAAGAAUGGUCCCAUCACAACUACAGCUCUUACCAGAUUUCUGGGCGUCUGUGGUCAGACUUUGACCUGUUUGGGGCUGUCUUGCUGCCAGUUUGUGACUAGGGAAUAUUUGAAGCUGAUUGCAGAAAACUGUCCACAACUGACAGAUCUGGACUUGAGCUGCUGUCGGAAGAUUGAUGGGCAGGGUAUGAUGGAGCUGACCCACGUGGCCAAGUUGCAGAAGCUGAAUCUGUACCGAACCUUCAUUGAGCUCACGCCCCUCCUCAACAUCAUAUAUUCCUGCCCUGAUCUCCAGCACCUGAACAUCGGCUCCUGCAGCCGCAUCUCCAGUCACGACGAUGUUGCUGCAGCACUGGGGAAGUUCUCAAAGAAGCUACGAUCUCUUGAUCUCUGGCGAUCUCGGAAGAUCUCAUACAUCGGGCUUCAAGCUAUUGCCAACAACUGCUUUGAAUUGGAGGAGCUGGAUAUAGGCUGGUGCACAGACCUCCACUCCAGUACCGGGUGUCUCAUCAGUUUAGUAGAGAAGUGUAAGAAACUACGCAAGCUCUUCCUCACUGCAAACAGGACUGUAUGUGAUGUGGACCUCCUUGCCAUAGCCAAGAACCUGACCAAUCUAGAACAGCUGGAUAUUCUGGGCACAAGGGAGGUAACUGCUGAUGCGGCUGUAAGGGUGCUGGAGAACUGUAAGAAGCUGCGGUUCUUCGACGUGUCGUUCUGUGCGGGCCUGGACAACGUGGUGGUGGAGUCCUGGAGGAAGAUCUACCCCAACACUGCCAUCAAGAAGAGCUUCCAGUCCUAGCUAUCUACCUCACUCUAUCUCACAACUGUUACUGGCAAGACAGGGUCAUCUAAUGCCUCUUUUAUGCUCUUGAAUUCCUUGUCAUUUCAUUAUUAUAUCCAGGUUGUCCUAUGAUGUUAUACCUUGAAAGUAUUACACGUCAAGAAGACAUUCUACAUAAGCAGAGUUUUAUGUUCCACACAGAUUGGCCAUCGAAGCAAAAACACAUCAGAGAAAUGAAACAGUCUGUGUUUUAUAGGGACAUUACUCUGCCAGUGAAGUAACGAAGUUUGAAGAACAAGAUGGACAUGUUCAUAUUUUAUGGGUUGGGUGAAGAGUUUGGCCCUGAGUGAAACCUUGAUAUCUCAAUGUCUUACGUCAUACACACGUAGUUAAGUUAUGCCUUCCUCUGGUCUUGCUUUCCUGUGGUAAAACUACUGUAGAAAAGAGAAGAGUUUUUUAAACAGAGCACAGAGCACGUCUCAUAACCCCACACCCACACCCUGAAAUGUUUACAUACGACAGAUAUAUUUUGCCAGAAUUUAAUUGCCCAUUAUUAAGGGUACAUAUAACACAUGAGUGCAUAUUAUACACGAAUAAAUACGUC